AUGGCGACCGCCAUUAGGCCAUCGUUCCGCCAAAGACAUGCAGCACCAGCGCCAUCCAUAUCGUCCCGGGUAAAUACUUUAAAGCAGCAGUUGCCAAUAUCAUUAGCCAAACGUCUUCUCUUUCCCCACCUUCCAGAUGGUGCCGAACCUCCUCCCUUGUUUGCUUCGCCGUCCUGCUCAAAGGAACUCAACGACGAAGUCUAUGACCUUAUUGCUUUGGCACUGCGCGCUUAUGUCAACACUUGGUGGUCGAAAAUCUCUCGUUACGACAAAGAGGUACUUCCACAAAUAACGCACAUCCUCACCUUCGUUUUGCGCGAACUGGAAACACGUAUCUUGGCUGCAGAUUUGUCAGCAGUGGUUUUUCUUUACGCUCCAUGUCUCAUAACGCAGCACUAUCGUGAUUAUCGGAAUGCAAAAUCCAAACUAUCCACUUCAUAUGCGACAGGAGGUGCUGCCUCACUUUCUACCAUAUUUCACCAUCUUCAGCCACAUAUAGCCAUCUCGGAGGACGGACAAAUAAAUGAGGAAUAUUAUCGCCAGCUGUUCAAUCAUGUAUUAAGAUUCAGUCUACCUUCUGAGGACUAUGCUCCCGAUGUUGAGCGUUUUAUCAUACGCGAGAUCAUUCUGAAGGUCUUGCUGAAGGACACCAUUCCCAAGAUUUCGCAGCCUUGGUUCAUCCAGAAAACAAUUCUGGAUUUCUUGGACACGCCUCCAGACAUAAAGAGUAUUCCAAACAUUUCACAAAAGACCUCGUCACCAUCGCCGUCUUUUUCCUUUCAUGCUCUACUUAUCAUAUUUCUUUCUGCUGUUCAAUCCAUAUCAGGGCUCUGUCUGACGCUCACCCAUGCUUACAAACAAGCAUUCGACACAAUUAAACGCGUUAAUGAAACCUCGUACCUCCCCAUCAAUGGUCGUGCACAGCCCGCCCCCCAUUCACCACCUAAAAAACCUACAUCAUCUUCAGAAGAUAUAGAGCCACCGACACCUUCCUCAUUGUCUUCGUUAUCAAAUCCUACUCACGAAUCCCAUCACGAAUCCGGUCAUGAAUCAGACCUAUCUGAAGAAUCCCCGCCGCACUUAGCAGACCAAUGUCUUACUGUGGUCUUUGAAGUUUUCUCUGUGCGAUGUCGAUUUGCCUCUAGCGCUCUUGCGCAUUAUAUUUCCCUGCUCUCUUUCAUAUUCGCGUCCUUUCUUAACCGCCUCCUAUCUUACCUUCUCUACACGCAAGUGCUGUCUUCCUCGUCAAUACUCUCCGUACUCCGUCUUUCCAAACGCACACUCUUCCCUUACGGCUAUCCAGGACCUCCGCCUGUUGAUCCCACGCCAGAAGAGCAAAUUGUCAUCCGUCAGCGUUUGCUCGAGCGCCUUGGAGGGCGUAUGCCUCCUCUUAUAUCUCGACUAGUUCUUGGACCCUCACCUCUUGACACGAUUAGUGAUGCCAUCGAUCCUCUCGGGGACGCCACAUGUAACACUCACCUUGCGGUGCUUAUGUUAGAUGCGGUUUUACUGGAAAUUUUUCCUGAAAUGGGGGUUGAUUAUAUCACUACUGAUCCACAUGCAGAUGCGUCUGUAGCAUCUAAUUGGGAAAAGGCGGGUGAUUCUUCUGACAGUAAAUCAGGUAGAAGUAGUUCAGUAUCAUUUACACCUCCUGACUCGAUACCGUAG